AUGUCAUGCUACAAUCACUCAAACCCCUCCACCUUCCUCCUAAUGGGCAUUCCCGGGCUGGAGGCCACCCACUUCUGGAUCGCCUUCCCGUUCUGUGCCAUGUACGUUGUGGCCCUGCUGGGGAACUUCACCCUCCUCUUUGUGAUCACAACGGAGCCAAGCCUGCAUUUGCCCAUGUACUACUUCCUCUGCAUGCUGGCAGGCAUCGACCUGGUGCUCACCACUUCCACUGUGCCCAAGAUCCUGAGCAUCUCCUGGUUCCGCUCCCAUGAAAUCAGCUUCGAGUGUUGCAUGGUCCAGAUGUUCUUCAUCCACAGCUUCUCUGCCAUGGAGUCGGAGGUGCUGCUGGCCAUGGCCUUCGACCGCUACGUCGCCAUCUGCAAGCCAUUGCACUACACCACCAUCUUUAUCAAUGCCAUCAUCACCAAGAUCUGGUUAGCUGUCUUUGUGCGGGGCAUGGACCUGUUGACCCCCUUGAUGUGCCUGGUCAGCCGACUGCCGUACUGCGGGCCCUGGAUCAUCUCCCAUUCCUACUGUGAGCACAUGGCUGUAUUGAAGCUGGCCUAUGGGGACAUCAUGCCCAACUAUGUCUACGGGAUAAUGGCCGCAACCUUUGUGGUGGGCUCAGACUCCAUCUUCAUCGCCAUCUCCUACAUCCUGAUCCUCCGGGCUGUCCUCAGUCUUUCCUCCAGGGACGGGUGCCUGAAAUCCUUCAGCACCUGCGGCUCCCAUGUGUGCGUCAUCCUGGUUAUCUACACCCCGGUGCUGUUCUCCUACAUGCAGCACCGGGGCCAGAACAUCCCCGUGCACAUCCAUAUCCUGCUGGCAGACCUCUACCUCUUGGCGCCACCCAUGCUGAACCCCAUCAUAUAUGGCAUGAAGACCAAGCAGAUCAGGCGCCAAGUGCUGAGGCCCCAGUAUAAGACUGUUCCCACCUCAGAGGCCAAGUUCUACACAUAA